AUGGCUAGGCAAGCGACGCCGGCCCCGCCGGCUCCCGGCCCCCGCCCGCCGCCGCCACUCACCUCGCCGCUCAGAGGCAGAGCAGCCCCGGGGCCGCGUCCUGCGCCGCCGGCGGGCUCCGCAUUUGAGGGCGGCCGGCGCGCCCAGCCCCACCGCGACCGCGACCCCACAGGGCUCAGCCAGGCGGGAGCCGCAUCAAGUUGGAGCCGCCGGCUCUGGGGCCCUGGACUCGACCCGCUGCUGCCCAGAAUCAAACACGACCGCCUUAAAGCUCACCUCCCUCUGGAGGGACCACAGCUGCAGCCAUGCUCCAACUCGGGGAGAAACUGGAGCGGCCGGCCACCAGCACCCCUCCUCGGCACUCGGCCCAACUCCAGCCACAGGCGGACGGUACCGCAGGAAGGGCUGCGGUUCCGAAUCGUCCGGUCCGACCCACCGACCCGGGGAAGCGGACAGGAGCGGCUCGAGCAGGGCCGACAGGUGCGUCGGCGACUGACGUCACCGCGUAGCCGUGAACGGCCGUUCAGCGUCCGGCCCGGUUGGAACCGCGUCGGUGCCCAUUGGGCCAUAAGGGAGCAGGGGGCGGGACCUAUGGGAACAGUGGGCGUGGCUUAUGGAGGCAGGGGGCGGGCCUUGUGGGAACAGUGGGCGGGUCGUGAGGAAAGAGUGGGAGAACCAGGUGGGAACAAGGGCAGACCUGUUGGGAACAGGGGCCUGGCCGUGUAG